AUGGUGUUCGGCCUCCUGGCUCUCGUGGGAACGGUCCCUAUGACCGCAACAUCCGUUCUGACCCUGCAAAGUCAAACAGAAAACGCAAAGAAAGAGGCUGAAGAGGAGGACGACGACUGGAAAGGCGAGAAAUGUCACAUGCGAUGUCGAGCGACCAUGAGAACGCCGGAGGAUCGCAAGGAGUUGUUCAAGAACAGUCGAAUUGUACUAUGCGGCGGCAGGUUAUACGUCCAGCUAUCAACAUACGAAGGGCCAGCGCAUCACCCUUUCACCGGCUACUAUCUUCCUUUCCCAAAGAAAGAUUACGAAGGCAUCGUAUCUACCAUCUCAGAUAACCCGCCGCAGCUCAAUUGGAUCUAUCUGGAUACCGAAUCCGACAUCUUCCAGUUCAGCCAUGGACUACGCGUUGACGCGGAGGAGGGGCAGGCUGGGCCUUUCGACGCCCGCGUCGGCUCAAACGGAGAGAAGCGCUACACCUUUGAGAACUGGGAGGGCUUUAUCGCCGUUGAGAGUGAAGGCGAGCCGGGCCUAUGGAGACUCUGCUUUGACAAAUACAACGAUGGACUGAAGGGCAAGAUCCAAGAGGGCCAAAGGACUGUCGAGGUGGAGCUGAUACGGGAAGAGAUGGAGGACUGA